AUGCUGGACCACCGUCUCGUCGGCCUCGUGCCCACCAUGGGCGCCCUGCACGCCGGCCAUCUCAGCCUCAUCCGCGCCGCCGCCCGCGAGACCCACCACGUCGUCGUCAGCAUCUACGUCAACCCGGCCCAGUUCGGCGUCAAGGAGGACCUGGCCUCCUACCCCGUCACCUGGGACGGCGACUGCCGCAUCCUGGCCGAGCUCGACCGCGAGCUGGCCGACGACGGCGCCAACCUGGGCCGCAUCAGUGCCGUCUUCGCCCCCACCACCCGCGACAUGUACCCCUCGGGCUUCCCCGGCCAGGACGUCGACUCGACCGGCAGCUUCGUCACCCUGACCCCCGUCGGCCAGGUCCUGGAGGGUGCCAGCCGCCCCACCUUCUUCCGCGGCGUCGCCACCGUCUGCAUGAAGCUGUUCAACAUUGUCCAGCCCGAAAAGGUCUACUUUGGCCAGAAGGACGUCCAGCAGACCGUCGUCGUCAAGAAGAUGGUCAAGGACUUCAUGCUCCCCGUCGACGUCGAGAUCGGCCCGACCGAGCGCGAGCCCGACGGCCUGGCCCUGAGCUCGAGAAACGUCUACCUGGGCGAGAGGCGGAGGCGAGUCGCCACCCUUCUGAGUCGCGCCCUACGCGCCGCCGAGAGCCAGUACCGCGCCGGCGCCCUGGACCGUGAAUCCAUCCUGCGCGCCGCCACGCAGCUCACGACCGAUGUCCUGGACCAGCAGAUGGCCCUGUCCCCCGAGGAGAGGGUCAAGUUUGAGGUCGAUUACAUAUCCCUCGCCGACCCGGACACCAUGGAGGAGCUGGCCGAGGUCGACCCUCGGAGGGGAGGUAUACUGAGUGGUGCCGUCAAGAUGCUGCCGGUCGAGGCACCCCGGCCGGGGGAGGAUUUGGGGCACAGUGGAGGGCCGGCUGUACGGCUGAUCGACAACAUUGUCCUGAAGCCCUCGGUCUGA